GUAGAGGGGUUGCAGCGCUCUUUUGUUUGGCGGAGGCGGAUCGAACGCGGGAGGCCCGUCGUCCAACCGUUUCUCACUCUCGCUGUUUUUUUUGUUUUUGUUUUUUUUUAACUUUAAACCAGAGCGCCUUGUCCGGAUAGCUGCUCGCACCUUAUUCCUCUGCAUCAGUAUUGGUUUUUUAAAAAAAAUUGUUUCUCUUUCCCCUCGUGCGUUCGUGGUGAGGCUGAAGCAGCCUCCUUUAAAUCUGCAAAACUGGCGAGCACAAUGGGAAAAAAGCAGAACAAGAAGAAAGUGGAGGAGGUCCUAGAAGAAGAAGAGGAAGAAUAUGUGGUGGAGAAGGUCCUUGACAGGCGGGUAGUGAAAGGCAAAGUCGAGUACCUGCUCAAGUGGAAGGGCUUCUCAGAUGAAGAUAACACAUGGGAGCCGGAGGAGAACCUUGACUGCCCUGACCUCAUUGCAGAGUUCCUGCAGUCCCAGAAAACGGCACAUGAGAGUGACAAGUCAGAGGGAAGCAAGCGCAAGGCAGAUUCGGAUUCAGAUGACAGGGGGGAGGAGAGCAGACCAAAGAAAAAAAAAGAGGAGGCUGAGAAGCCUCGAGGUUUUGCGAGAGGGUUUGAACCAGAGCGGAUUAUUGGUGCCACAGAUUCCAGUGGGGAGCUAAUGUUUCUGAUGAAAUGGAAGAACUCUGAUGAAGCUGACCUGGUUCCUGCCAAGGAAGCAAACAUAAAGUGUCCACAAGUGGUCAUUUCAUUCUAUGAGGAGAGGCUGACAUGGCACUCCUACCCCUCGGAGGACGAUGACAAGAAGGAUGAUAAGAACUAGCCUUCCUUCCCUUCCGUCCCCAUCCCUCCUCUGGCCAACUUUUGUAUUAAAACAUCAAGACUAUGGGUUUGAGCAUGAAACAAGGAAGCAAAGAGGCUCUUGGCUGAGGGGGAAGGUGCCCUCUGUAGAAAACAGGACAAUUUUCUGUGCCCUUGCCACCUUGGUAGUGCAGCACACUGCUCUUUCUUUCCUGCUUCCUUAUGUCUAUGUGGGGAAGGAGGAGAGGAUGGGGUGAGUCUUUCCUGCCUGUUUUUUCUUGCUUGGGGGAGUGAAGCAAAAACUCCAUGCAGGACAAAGCCCAGGCCUGGACAGGCUGCCAAAAGGGGGAGCAGGUUGGGGCUGCGUGUUCUCUGAAGACCAUCUCUCUGACUUGGAGCCUUUCUUCCCAAUAGUGUUAACUGCAUUUUUACGGUUUAGCAUGUGUGUAGCCUUUCUUUCUCUUUUUUGCUAUUAUUGGUGUAUCAUUGGGGAGGGGGAGGGCACUUCCUCAUUUAUUUGGGGAUAGGAAUGGAUUAAUCCAGGCUCUGAAUUCAGAAUGGCAGUUUUUACAAAAUACAUGCCUCUUACCACAAAAAAAAUUGAAUGCUGCUGAGAGAGGCUGGGGCGGGGAUUGUUUUAAGUGUUAAAAAAGUUGAAAAGUCAGUUAAUUCUGACUGUCGUGAAUGCAGUCAGAAUUAUCACAUUAUUUCUAAAAUCAGAGUAGGAAGCAUCCUAAAAAAAAUUGUUCCCCCUGCUCCCUUCAGCUCAACUGAGGGCGUUGCCGUUGAAAAUGACCCAAUAACCAGUAAACAUAGAGCGUUACUAAUUCUGCAUCAUUGCCUCAUCCUAUUAAGCAGUUCUCGGAUCCUACAUCCUUUCUUUUACUUUUUCAUUUACCUGGUAUGUGUAUGUAUUUCAGACUUUCUAAGAAAAUUUAGGGAAGGAAAGCAGGGAUGAAAUCUACCCCUCUACAGCACAAUGUAGAUUUCAAACCAUUCUGUAAAAGCUAUUUUCUGUUCAGACUUGGGGCAUUAUAAGUUGCUUUCCUUGCCCUGGUCCUCUGCUGAUUAUUUCAUUUAUAUUCAAGCAGCUCUGUUUUUACAAAUUUUACCUCUGAAAUUUGCUCCACAUCUUGAUAAACAGCCAGCUUCUCCUCCUUCACAGACUGGUAUGUACGUAGAAAUGUAUUGUAUAAACCUUUUUUAAAAUUAAGCAUGUGUUUUAGGUUUGUGUGAAAAUGUUGUCUAAAACUUAAGUGAUUGGAUUUUAACUUCAUACCAAACUGUCAUUUUGUCUCAAUAAAACUUUAGAUUUAUA